UGUUUUAACUUUAAUUUAGAUUAACACUAAUAUCUAAAGAAAAAAAUGGCAUUACGCGAAUUAGUUGAGGGUGACUGUGGAGGACCUAGUUCUUUGAUUCGUUUAACAUCACAUUUUGUACGUGAUCAUGGAUUCAAAGAAGAUGGAAUACAUCAUCCCUUUGAACAUGUGGAACCUUUUCAAGCUUCAGAUGCAGAUCAGUUAGUUAAACAAUUUUUAGAAGAGAAUCCUUCAUGUCCACAAACAUUUAGAAUGGACAAUUUAUUACAAGAAAUGAGAGAAAUUGAUCAAAACAUUCACCCACCUAUAGCAGCACCAGGAGUUGCUCAAGAAUUAGCCACUGUAGAUACAGCUUGGGCUAAUCAGUAUCUGCAAUCUGGACGCCAUUUCAAUGAACAUCACACUGAUGAUAUUUGGGUUCCUGAACUGGAACAAAAUGCAAAUGUAACAGAUCUAAAACUGGAAAACCAAGAACAUGAACUGGGUUUAGACCCGAAAUGGGCUGAGGAUUAUAUGGAACAUAGUAUAGACGUUAUGGAAAGUAACAUGAAUAUGGAACAUUCGAAAAAAGAAAUAGAGAAUAAAGAUAAUCCUAAUUUUGAAUAUUCAAAAUUUAUGAAAUUUAUGAAACAAGAGGGAGAUACUCCUAUAGAAGAUCACCAACAAUCACUGCCAGAAUCACCUACUACAAGCAAAGAUUGGACAGAGGAAUAUGAAACAGAUGCUCAGAAGUCUGGAGACAACACUUCUACUGAAAAUGAAAUAACAAAUAAGGCACAAGAAGAAUUGGCAGUUGCUGGUAGUUGGAUAGAUGAAUUUGCAAAAGAAGUUUCUUCUUUAGAGGAAGUGUUAACAGAUAAUAGUGAACCUUCAAUGGUGAAACUUCAAAAUGCAUGGGAAAAGAUCUCUGACGACUUAAAAUCUAAGCAUCCAUGGCUUACAGAGUAUGAUACAUUUUAUGAUCCAUUUAAAGAAUAUGAAUUUCAAGAAGAUAAUCCAAUGAAAGAUUUGCCUGAUGCACUAGAAGAGGGUAAGAGAAGACUGGAAGCUGGAGAUUUACCAAGUGCUAUAUUGUGCUUUGAAGCAGCAGUGCAGCAAAAUGAAAAUAAUCCAGAGGCUUGGCUACUUCUUGGUAAAACUCAAGCUGAGAAUGAACAAGAUCCAUUAGCUAUUACUGCUUUAAAACGUUGUCUAAAUUUGGAUCCCGCCAAUGGUACUGCUCUCAUGGCACUUGCAGUCUCAUAUUCAAAUGAAUCUUAUCAAAACCAAGCAUGCAUAACUCUUAAAGAAUGGAUAUUAAAAAAUGAAAAAUACAAGCAUCUUUCAGUACAAAAUAAUGACGGUCUCGAGCAAAUUGCAAAGUCCGAUGUAUCAUCUAUUCUAUUUGAUGACAUGCACAAGGAAGUAAAAGAUCUUUACAUACAAGCUGCACGAAUGAAUCCAUUAAAUGAAAUAGAUCCAGAUGUGCAAUGCGGAUUAGGAGUACUUUUCACUUUAACUAUGGAAUACGAUAAAGCCAGCGAUUGUUUUCAGGCAGCGCUACAAGUGCGCCCAAAUGAUUCCAGAUUAUGGAAUAGAUUAGGAGCAACUUUAGCCAAUGGUCAGAAACCGGAAGAAUCUAUAAACGCGUACCAUCAUGCCUUAAAAUUAUCUCCUGGAUUUAUCAGAGCUCGAUAUAAUCUCGGAAUCUCCUGCAUUAAUCUUGGUGCAUAUAAAGAAGCGGGUGAACACCUUGUAAUAGCCUUAAAUCAACAAGCUGCUGGUCGCGGGAUACAUGGUGAAAGUUCACCAAAAGCGAUGUCGAAUUCCAUUUGGUCGACGUUGAGACUCGUAAUUUCGUUAUUGCACAAAUACAACUUAAAUGAAGCUAUAGAAAACAGAGAUCUAACAAGGUUGAAUAAGGAGUUUGAGAUUGUAUAAAAACCUGUAAACUUAUUGAACACGUUUGUUAAAAAGUAUGAACUCCUUUUAACUUAGUAUUUAAGAUAUCGUAAAAUAAAAUGGUUAAAAAUA